AUGCUCCUUCGACCAUCUUCAAUCCGGCUAAGCUAUCUCACUCAAUUCGCACUGUGUUGUGCACGUACCACUCACUCACUCGCUCGCACUCGUGCCUUCCACUGCUUGCUUGCACUCGCUCCCUCCUCCUCCUCCUCUCGCCGCUCUCACGGGCGGCACCAAGGGACCCUCCCCAGGUGUGUGACAGCAGGCGACUGCCAGCGUAAGUGCUUCCCUCUGCCUACACCCCUCUGCCAGCACACCUACAGGGCGGCAGCAGCAGAAGGCAUGGAGGAGCAGUGGGAGCAGCGUGGCGAGCGGGAGAGGCGAGUGCUUCCCUCUGCCUACACCCCUCUGCCAGCACACCUACAGGGCGGCAGCAGCAGAAGGCUUGGAGGAGCAGUGGGAGCAGCGUGGCGAGCGGGAGAGGCGAGUGGUGGGAUGACGCACGCCUGGGCUGGCCCUGCUGACCACUGCGCUCGCCCAACCUCCCGGCAGCACCAGCGCGACCGACCGUGGCCUUCCCUCUGCCUACACCCCUCUGCCAGCACACCUACAGGGCGGCAGCAGCAGAAGGCAUGGAGAAGCAGUGGGAGCAGCGUGGCGAGCGGGAGAGGCGAGUGGUGGGAUGACGCACGGCCUGGGCUGGCCCUGCUGACCACUGCGCUCGCCCAACCUCCCGGCAGCACCAGCGCGACCGACCGUGGCGUCUCUGAGUGGCGCUGCGGCAGCAGGGGGAGUGUGGCGGCAAGGAGAGAGCCACGCCAUGCUUGGGCCACCUGUGUGCCUGCCCUCCCCACACCAGCAGCAGCAAGGCGGAGUGUGCCUGCCCUCCCCACACCAGCAGCAGCAGAGGCGAGCGGCAGCUGGGGAACAGUGGAGGGGCGAGGGAGUGGAGCAAAGAAAGGGGUCGGAGCAGAGGUGGGGAGAGUAGGAGGGGAGCAGAGGAGGGGAGCGGAGGAGGGGAGCAGGGAAGGGGAGAAGACGUGGGUAGAAGAGGAGGCGAGCAGAGGAUGGCAAGCAGAUGAAGGAGCGUGGAGGUGA